GGGGAACAAAGCGGAGCAGAGUGAAGGAAGGAAGAAAGAGAGAGAGAGAGAGAGAGAGAGAGCUGGUGGGAAGAAGCAAAGAGAAAGAUCAGGUCGUCGGACGACGUUUCGAUCUUAGGAAUCUCCUCCGCAUCGCAUGCUCGCCUCCCGAUCCCUCCGGCAUUCCUCCCUCAUGCGAUCACCUUCUCCGAUUCCACUCCUCCCUGCUUCCUGUAGGUAGUUGAGAUCUAUUCAGAUGCAGACGCAGCCUGGAAAACCCAGCCUUAAGUUCAUUUUCAAAUUAAAAAAGAAAGAGGAAGAGCUAGGAUCUUCAGGUUCGCCAGAUCAUGUGGAUUGCUCUGUUCCAGAAACUAUAGAUACUUCGCCUCGAAAGGAGGAUGUUGAAUCUCAGGAGAAAGAGGAUGAGGCGGACCAAUCGAAUGACGACUCUUCAAAACAGUUGGUUGUUUAUGACCCUGCUGCGAAUGGUCAAGGUGAAAUUGUACCUAUGCCCGAUCCCAUUCAGUCCCGUAGCCCUUCGUUGUUGAGAUCCCCCGGCCCAAAUCAACCUUCCAAAAUCUUACCAUCUGUGGGAGCGUUUACCGUCCAGUGUGCUAACUGCUUUAAAUGGAGGCUGAUACCCACUAAAGAGAAGUAUGAAGAAAUUCGCGAACAUAUCCUAGAAGAUCCUUUUUAUUGUGAAACUGCCCGUGAGUGGCGCCCGGAUAUUUCAUGUGAUGAUCCUGAAGACAUAUCUCAAGAUGGUAGCCGACUUUGGGCAAUUGAUAAACCAAACAUUGCCCAACCUCCCCCUGGGUGGCAGCGGUUGCUACGAAUCAGAGGUGAAGGAAGCACCAAGUUUGCAGAUGUGUAUUAUGUGGCACCAUCUGGGAAGAGGCUCCGUUCAAUGGUCGAGGUACAAAAGUACUUGCUGGAACACCCGGAGUUUACAAGAGAUGGAGUGACUCUCUCCCAAUUUUCGUUUCAAAUACCUAGGCCUUUACAUGACAAUUAUGUCAGGAAGCGUCCUGCUCGUGCUCCUGCCCCUUGUGAUGGUAGCGGGCUUCUUGAUCCUCGUGAAGCAAGACCACUGGCAUGGGCGGGGCCCGAUGACUUAACAGAGUUGCAUCUGCGAACGCCGGGUCUCCCAUCUCCUCGUUCGGAGACAUCUGAUCUGGAUCUGGUUCCACCCUCGGCGAAGAAGCGCUCAAAGAAAGCACUGAACAAACAGAUGUACAGCAGUAAACCGGUGAACGAUCAGCAUGACUUUGGUGGAGAGGAUCCUAGUCAAUGCAGAAGUAGCAAUUAUGAGAUGUGAUGCUCUUUAGUUAUGUUUGUAUUUUGUCCAAUCAUAGGAGGAAAGAGGUGAGUUUUGCAGGUAACUUUUUGAAAGAUGGACGAUCCUGAUCGUCGGGUAAGGGGAUGUUGUAUCGUUUUGUCUGGGGAGAUUGGCCUAUAUAUAUGUAUCGGGAAAAGUGUACCUUUGUAUCAGUUCAUAUCAGAAACAAAGAUUUCCUGAACAA